GGUGCCGGACGCAGUUAGUUGUUGCACGCGCCUCGUUUCCUGGUUCCUCUGUGUUGAUAUUCGCCGAUGUAAACUGUUCAAAGUCAAACGAUUUCCUGAGGGCACAGCGGGUUUGAUGCCCACUGCUCCAAGAUGGAGCACUCUGAUUUUAUGACACACAAGAACGGGCGCCAGAGGAAGGUGGCGGGGAGCGCCCUCUCAUCUGACAGCAUGACGGACAUGGACAGGGUAGAGAUGAGCUCUCCUGAUCCGGUGUUAGAGGAGGAAGCGGAGGGUCUCAUCAGAGGGUCUGACUCUGAGGACAGGAGGCACAGGGUCCGGCCUGCUGGGGUCCGUGGAGAGUUGGGGAACGUUUUGCUCCUUCUGUUCCUGUACGUGCUGCAGGGGAUUCCUCUGGGCCUGGCGGGGAGCAUCCCUCUGAUUUUACAGAGUAAGAGCGUCAGCUACAAGGACCAGGCCUUCUUCAGCUUUGUCUUCUGGCCAUUUAGUCUCAAGCUCCUCUGGGCGCCGCUGGUGGACGCGCUCUACUUCAGCAGGUUUGGUAGAAGAAAGUCAUGGCUGGUUCCCACACAGUACCUGCUGGGCCUCUUCAUGCUCUACCUCUCUGUGACGGUCAAUUCCCUGCUGCAGAGUGAGGGAGGACCAAAAGUGGUAACGCUCACAGCUGUCUUCUUCAUGCUUGCCUUCCUGGCAGCCACACAGGACAUCGCUGUGGACGGCUGGGCCCUAACUAUGUUGUCCCGGGAGAAUGUGGGCUAUGCUUCUACAUGCAACUCUGUGGGCCAGACAGCUGGAUACUUCUUAGGGAAUGUGCUCUUUCUGGCUCUGGAGUCUGCAGACUUCUGCAACAAAUACCUCAGAACAGAGCCCCAGGACACAGGCAUCGUGACCCUGUCAGACUUCUUGUUUUUCUGGGGGAUAGUGUUCCUGGUUUCCACGACGUUGGUAGCCAUCAUGAAAAAGGAAAACGAGCAGGGCAAAGGGAAGAAGAAAGUCCAAGAGGAGACACAGGGCGUCAUGGCAACCUACAAGCUGCUGUUCAACAUCAUCAAGAUGCCCACCGUCUUCACCUUCUGUGCCUUGCUUCUCACUGCCAAAAUCGGCUUCUCUGCAGCGGACGCAGUCACAGGUCUGAAGCUGGUGGAGGCUGGAGUCCCUAAAGAGCAGCUGGCCCUGCUGGCAGUGCCCAUGGUGCCUCUGCAGAUCCUGCUCCCUGUGAUCAUCAGUAAAUACACCGCGGGGCCCCGACCCCUGGAUGUCUUCUACAAGGCCUUUCCUUUUAGGUUGCUCAUAGGACUGGGGUACGCUCUGCUGGUGUGGUUGACCCCCAGUUUAAAACAAGAUGGAGGGUUCCCUGUUUACUACUACGGCAUAGUGCUGAUUAGCUACGCAUUGCAUCAG